AUGGGGAAGCAUCGAGGUCGCGGUCCGACUACCAAGCGAUCUGCAGCAUACUCAGGAGACUCGUUCGUAGUCGUAAACCCAUUGAUGUUACACUCUACAGCUUGUAAAGCGCCAAUCGCGCAACAAAAUGGCAAGAAAAAGCAGCAAAAACAAUCAAAGAAGCGCAAAGUGGACAGAAAUGACUCGGAUGAUGUUUUGGUAGCAAUAAAGAGGCGUAAGAAGAUGCCGAACAAAAUGAUAAACAAUGUCAAAGUAUCGAAUGCUACUAAGUUACCUCUUGCUAACAGAGGUGAGGCCUCCAGUACUGUGCUUCGUGUGAAGAAGGAUACUGAUGUGCUAGCUGGACUCGUUUGGAUCUUGUAUUCCCGCAAUACCUUUCAUCCUUGUGUGGUAGCAUUCCCAAAUCAUGACGAAAUAUCGUGUAGUGAUUUGGCAAGUAUACUUAAGCAUCUUGGAUUGCAAGCUGUGGCGCUGCACCACAAGAUGGCGGCAAAACAGCGAAACGAAACCAUGCAGAGGUUUCAAACGUCUGUGACAGUAGCACCUUCAGAGCAAGGGAUGGUGCUGGUAACAACUGAGCACAUGAUGGCAGCUACAGCGAGUGGACAGGCAGACGUGGUCCUGAUUGGAAGUAUCAACAAAUCAACAAUUGACCUCGCCAGAACGAAAUUCGCCCAUGUAUACCAUGUGACAGCUACCACUGGCCAAGAGAUACUGAGUUCAGAUACAUUUCAACCAGAACUUACUAUGCCGUCUUUACAACAAUUACAUCCACGAUUGAAAGUUGCGCGACAGAUUGUGGAAAUUUCACAACGUCUGACCAAAACGGGAGCUGCUGAUCGAAACGAUGAAAAAUGGGCACGUAAACUUGCUCGAGGUGCAGAUUUAGACAAUGAAGAAACGAAAAAAACAAAACGUGUAUUAACCCCUGACGAACAAAGGCUUCAAGCAUUGAUGGAAAAACUUUACGUAAUGCUGGCGCGCAAAUUAACGGGUACUCAUACGAAGAAUGACAACAUGAUAAAUGGUAAAGAUCACAAAAUAGAUCAUCACCAUCGCCGUGAGAAGCUCGAUGUGCUUGGUAUAGUUACUGUGAAUGCUGUUGUGGGCACAAUUAUGACAGAGGAGCGUAAAUCAGCCCAAACUCGGUGGAUGGACUAUGCUGAAGGCAGAGCUCACGGUGGUCAUUGGGAAGGUGCGGUACGUCAUGGUGCUUCAAAAGACGCAACAUCACUAGUGGUUCGAAACAAACUUUGUGCUGCACAUUCUAAAGCAAACCAUUCGAGUUUUCUGAGCAAGUGGUUCCCGAACGAAGAACCUAACGAUGAAGUGAAGUGGGGCGGUGCAUUUGGUAAAGUCUGCGGACAUAACGAAGUGGUCUUGAAUGAAUUACGUGCUUUCUAUCCACAAGAAGUGCUGAACUCGAAAGUCUGUAGUAGAAUAUUUCCAGCACCUGGAAAUCAAGGCUUCGAUGGCUGUCUCGAACAUUUACGGUAUGCUUGUAUGGCUCAAAGAACAAGCAUGACGCUCUGGGACGCUGAAUAUUUUAUCUUUAUUUCGUCAUGUGGACGCGUAACAUGGUCUAAAAAGAAUCAAUUAUUGUCGCUAUCCCUUUCGAGUCUGCAGUGUCUCGUUCCCGCCCUUCGUUGUUGGACGGUGGCAAGUGGCGGUCAUAUUCCACCGAGCGCAGUUCUUCGCGCGAUUCAGCUUUGUUGUCAACUUGGGUAUGGUGACAAGCAUUCAAAAGAUGCAAAAAUUACUACAGACAUUCUGAAGCGGAUCAUGAGCUUCGUAUUUGGCGGUUCCGCUAGACUUUGGCGUCAAAUUGCAAAAGUUCCAACGCCAUUAGAAGAGGAAACUGUCUACGCUUUUCAACAGUAA